AUGUCGUCUGGCGACGCCCAUCCGAGCAGCCACCAUCAUCAUCGCCCCUCAUCCGCCUCCUCGUCCCUGGCGGACGGGUACUACGACGACGACCGCCUGUUCGACAACGACGACGACCCUCACGAAGCCCACCUCCUCCGCCACGCCGCACACUCGCAGGCCCCUCCGCCUUCACUGCAGCACCCGCCCAGCACAUCUGCAAGGAAGCCGGCCUCCUCGCUCGCUCAGAUCACCGUGCCGCCUUUCUCUACAUUCCGCUCGCAAGUCCCCCGGCCGAACGCCGCAUUCCAGCACCACCCUUCGCCGCGCGCCGCCUCCUUCUCCUUCUCCGAGAAGGCCUCCCCUCGGCUUGCCGACCCGUCUGUCAGGCCACUGUCCCUGGAUAGCCCGCUACCGCCCCAGCACGAGGUUGGUCGCAGUGAGCCCUUGCCUGGGGAGAGUAGUAAUACCCCCGCGAGACAGGACGAGCUUCAAGACAGGUCCUCAUACACAAUUCCACGCCCAUCUCACGAACGAGACGACUCGAUAGAUUCGCGAAUCGCCAGCACCGCCCUCUCCUCCGCCUUUAGCAGUCCGCAACGAUCUAAUAGACCCGCCAACGCAAAGCAUGCUCACGAACAUUCCACCACCCACGCACCGCAGCAUUCGACCACGUCCAGCCUUGACGAACACUUCUCCCCGGAUAGCCGCUCAUCCAUGAUCGCAGGGCAACGAGCACCUACUAUGACUUUACAAUACGACGGCGUACAAAGAAGGUUGUCCGACGACUCGAUAGGCGCAGCUUCGAAUAGCUCCGCCAAGAGACCCAAAUCCCCCUUUAAUCCGCUGGGGACGUUAUUCGGUUGGAAGGGCCAACAGAAGUCGGAGGGAGACUCCUCCCCAACGACGACGUUCUCUGAACGAUCGUUAUCACCCCUCCCGUCACCACGGCUGAUUAAGACCCUGCCCGUGGAGAUGGAUGUCAAGAGGCUUUCCGCUCGGCUCACGCCGCCGAGCCUGGAUAUCCAAAAGGCGAACGGCGCUGGGGCAUACUUUGAUAACCCAGAGACUCCCCUGCUCUUGGGGGACACCGCAUCAAAUGCUCACGUGCGGGAACUGGAACGUGAGCUACAACACAUCAGCCAGGAACUCGCGGCCUCCAUCCGCCGGGAGAUGGAGCUCGAAGAUGAACUCGACAGAGUACGGAUUGAGCUGCCCAACAUCCCACAGUCAGAGCUCAGCCUCAGGAGAAGCAGUGAUUACUUCUCUGACAGUGGGGCCAGCUCGACAAAGUUCCCGAUCACAGAUGUCGACGCCAAGCUUGAGCAGAUGGACAAACAGGUACGGAAAGCUGAACAAGAGAAAGCUAAUCUGAAAGUCGAAACGGCCUCAAGGUUGCAGACCGAGCUGAGUCGGAGAAGAGAUUUGGAAGAACUUGUUCAAAAUCUGGAAGAUCAACUUGCGAGACAUAAUCGAGCAGGAGAAGAACGGGGCAACACGGAAGGGAAAGUUGAAGAAUUGGAAUCCACCCUUGAUGAGACUAGGAGACGACUGGGGCAGGAGAAGAUGACCAAAGAGAACUUUGAAGAUCUAUACAGUGCCACGCGUGAAGAGUUGGAGAAGUAUAGGAAUGAGGCAGACAAUCUACGAAAUGAGGUCGUUCCACAGUUGAAGGCCCGCGUGGAGGGUCUGGAGGCGGAAGCAUCGGACGCUCAGGCCAUCGUUUCCGAGAACACUCGUCUACAGCAACAAAUCGCCGCCAUGCGUGACGGAAACCACUCGAGGUUCAACAGCAUUGCUGAAGAGGGUGUCAUGAACGCAGGCCGUGCGAGCCUCAGCAGAAGUGGGUCACUUGCCAGGAAUGGCAGUCUUCGACGCGGUGGCUCGAUCAGUCAAAAGGACGGCGGCCGGCAAAGAUCUGGCUCCAUGAAUGGUACUUAUGGCGAUACUGCCGUCAAGGAGAUUGAAGAUCAGAGAGAUGCUCUGCACAAGGCACUCAAGCUGCUGAUCAAGCGUCAUGAACGGCAACAACAGGACCACGAACGUGCUAUCAAGAAGCUUACGAGCGCCAAAGACAAGGCAGAACAAAUCACUCCCAGGCGGACAGCGUACUCCAAGGAGGUUUCUUUCUUGAAGGAGGAAGUUACGACUUUGAGGAAACGGACCGAAGAUGCUCUUGAGCAGAAAUGGCAGUAUGAGAAGAAUCUGUCAGGCUUGAAGAUGGAUCUCGAUCGUGCUGAGCAGGAGACUCGUGGUCUUCGGAUCAUUCUGCAGGAGAAUGAUAUCAGUGCACCGAGCGAGGCCAGUGUCUCUGGCGAUGCUGAGGCUGAUGAGGACGCGCAGUUGAAGUUGAGCAUAUCGCGGGCUGAGGAUGAACGAGACCAUGCACGACAGAUUGCUGAAGAGUACCGGCAGAAAGCGCAGUCAUCUUCAGGAGGCAAUGCAGAUGAGCUCAUGAACUCUGCCAAGCGAAUGGAGCAACUGGCCGACCAGCUCGAGAAACAGGCCGAGGCGAACCAGCAACUGCGAGAGCGUCUGGCUGCAGCAGUUGCCAAGGGUGAAAGCGAACAGAAGCAGUCCACACGACAGGUUGAGGAGAUGCAACGACGACUGGCCGGCAUGGAAGACAGCGUUCUUGCAGCACAGCAACAUUCCGAGACGACCCUGGCCAACCACGAUGCCGAAGUACGACGACUCGAGGACGCCUCCUCACCUCACCUCCAGCGCCUGAGAAUCUCGAUCCCGGAGCCCACCAAACUCAGCCCAUCGUCUCCUCUCCUCAAGAAGAGCCCCAAACUCGGCAACAAGAAGCUGAGCGAGACCAGCCUUCUCGAAAUGAGCCGCACGCAAAUGCUCGAACGGAAAGUCAAGGAACUCGAGGGCCUCCUCCGCGAAGCCGAAGAGGACAUGCAAGUCGUCGUGCAACGCGUCAACAAGAGCCAGAUGGAAGUCGCCGACCUGCAGACCGAGCGAGAUGCCGCGCUGAUCCAGAUGCGUAAACUCCAAGUUUUGAUCGUCGAGGAGAGAGAGAAGGCUGAGGCUUUGAUGCCGUGA